GUGUCAGUUUUGUGUUGUGCGUAGUUGUGGUUCAGUUUCUGAUGGCUUGAUUAAUUUGAUUAAUAUUUUAUUUUUCUAUUCCGAUUACAUAUUUUGGUUCGAGCUUGACCAGAAAUGGCUUUGCUACCACCUGACCCGGUAUAUACAAUAAGAAACGUCGACAACUCGCCAGUAUACUGUUUGGCAUUCAGCUUCUUACCGGGCGGGCUCGAGAGGUUACUAGCCGGCUCGAAAAAUGGAUAUGUUUAUGCAUACAACCUUCAGACGAACCGGGUCCAGCAAAAAAUCAAAGUUGGUCAAGCUCCCAUUCUCCAUCUAAUUCACACAAACAGCAAACUAAUCACCCAAGAAAAAGGUGGGAUAUACAAAAUUUUCGAUCUCACAAACAGUGGGUAUAAAGAACAACACACCAUAGAUAUUGAUUAUCCCGGAUUUUGUCGUUUUGACGCCAACACAAAACUCGAAACACUCUUUGUACCUGAUAAGGAAUCCAAGAUACACAUUUAUAAUUUUUCUGGUGAAAAAAUUAAUUGUUUAGCACCAGAAAGUGAUUCUCCUAAACUUGGUGAUCCGAUGUGUGUGAAAUUUAUUGAAUUUCCAAAUGACCGGCCCCUUUUAUUGGCCGGCUAUGAGGGUGGAUGGCUCUUGCUGUGGGAUCUCAACACUAGUCAGUGCAUCGGCAAAUUACAAACUAAAGAAUGUCCCAUGUCAGUGGAUUUCCACCUCGAGCAACAGAGAGGUAUGAUCGGCAACGCCUCUGACAUGAUACAAGUAUUUAGCAUAGGAAGAAAAGACUUAAGCUUGACCCAUAAAAUGGAUAUAAGUAUUAAAAAUCCGGGAAUAAAUAGAGUUUGUACUAGAAAUGACGGCAGAGUAUUUGCAUCUGGUGGCUGGGACGGUCACAUCCGUAUAUUCUCCUGGUUUUCAUUGAGGCAAUUGGUAGUACUUACUGAGCAUAGGCAAGCUGUCCAAGAUGUUGUGUAUUCGACUGAAAAAGUUUCAUACUGGAAUGCACACAUCAUGGCGGCCGGGGGCCUCGAUGGGGCUAUAACGCUCUGGGACUUAUACAACAAUAAAAAGUAAUAUUUUAUAGCUUCAAGUCCUGAAAGGCAUGACAUUAAAAUUUACAUUUAACCUCAUAGACAAAUAAAAUAUAUUUUAAAAAAUUCUUGUAAAAAAAAUGUAUGAAAAAUUUCUAAGGAAGAAAGAAUAUGAAGUAAUCAAAAAGGGCAUUUAAAGAAUAAUAUUUAGAAAUUAGUUGACAAAAUUUAAUUUUUGCAUUUAUUUAUUUUUUAUAUUGAAAACAGCCUUAAAACAACAUUUGCUGGAAAACAGAUAUCUUUCCAAUUCAUUUGUCACACGAAUAAUAAUUUUCUAUUAAUAAUUUCAAAUUGAGUUAUGCCAAGAUUGCCUUUACUUAAAUUGUUAAAUAUUUUAUUAAAUAUAAAAUUUAUUAAUUAAUUUGUUGAAACAAGAAUGCUGCAACUAGCAAACAAAUUGGAUCUGUUAUACAAACACAGUAACAUAAUUAUGGAAUGUGGUCAAGCUAUUAGACAUUAAGAGAAUUCGUUAAAUGAUAUAGCGACUAUUCUGUAAACAAUUUAUAGCAAUGUUUUUAAAGACAUUAAAAACCUGUGAAUUUUU